UCCUUCCGUGGCCUCGCAUCUAAACCUCUCGAAAACGCUCAUAAAGUCUUCUCUGCACUUGACGUUCUUGAACUUGGCACACAGCUUCUCGUGAGACACGACCUCUUCGGCAUAAUCGGCAUUUGUGAACCAAGUGCAGGCCUUUUCGUCGUUUGCCAGGAGAGUCACAAUCAUGUCCGGAGUCAAGCCGUGGUUGCAGCAAAUUUUCAGCGUUUGAUCCCUCCGCAUCAGAAGUUUGACUUUCCCCGUUUCUUGAUGUCUGAGGAUUUUCAGUUCUCCGCGUCCCCUCUCUUUCCACUUUCCUUCCUCGUCGAAUCGAUAGAGCUUGGUUCUCUGCGAGAACAAAACUUCAGCGUCGUCGUCCCAGGAUUUGACCUUUACACUCUCUGGUAAGGUCACCACUGGUUUGAAGUGAACAUUGACUUCUACUUCCGGGUCGUCUUGUUCGUCGCGAGACGUAAAGAGCUUCUGCCCGACGCCGCUGAAUUUAAAACCUUCCUCUCUCUGGUCGAGAAAACCAGCUCCACUGCCGGCAAGAUCGGCAAAGGAGAGGGAAGCUGAUGGUGUAGUCGAUGGAGCUCCAAACAUCGUGUGUACCUCUAACUUAGGCUCUGCAGCAGACAGAGGUGGAGGAGACGUUGGUGGGGUGUGCGGCUGCACCGAGCUUUGUUCGUCAUCUUCCGGAGUGACCGCUUGCGUCAAACGUAUCUCUAUCGCUUCUUUCAGGUUUUCACUACUUUCUUCAGUCGUUGGUAGUUUUGCAGCAGAAAUUU